GCAACUCCCUCCACUCCCCACUCCACGCAGCCAGCCCGGCGCUUGCGCUUCCCAUCACUGGGUGGGUGGGUGGGCGGGCGGUUCGUCUCCUCCUCCUCCUCCCCCUUGCCUUCCGCUUCCUCUCCGCACCACGUCCAACGGCGAUGGCGCCCGCGCUCCCGCACUGCUGACAUCUCGGUAGGUAGUUGGCUGGUUGGUGGGGUGGGGUGGGUGCCCGCGGGACGUGCCGCGGCAGGCGGUUGCGGGAGGCGCGGCGGCCGCGAUCUCGGGCCGGAUCUGGGCGCCGCGCGCGAUGGAGGGCGCCGCUGCAACGGAGAAUGGGGUCGAGGGGGACGGGGGCUACGUCGUCGUCAUGGCGGCCGAGGUCGCCGAGGGGGAGGCUGGCCCCGCCGCCAGUGCCGAUCGCGGGGAUCUCGCCGCACCCGCCCACGACGCCGCGGCGCCGGCCGGAUCUGCGGACGCCCCCGCCUCGGCUGUCACGGUGGCGGUGACGGCGGCGGUGGCGGAGGACGUGGCCGCCGCGGUGGCACCGGCCAAGGCGCCCGCCAAGAAGGGUGGAUCCGGGGACGCCGCCGGGGCCAGGAAGGCGAGGCCGCAGAACGGCAGGGUGCCCACCGGAACCACCGCCGCGGCGAGGGGUAAGAAGCCCGGGGUCCUCUCGCAGAGCGCCUCCUUCCCGGCGCGGGGUGCCGCGGCUGCCACCGCCACCAAGAAGGCCGCGGCUGCGACGCCCAAGCAGGCCAAGGGCGCCGUGGCCAAUGGAUCGGAGGCUGCAGCAGGCCGGGCGGCGGAGAAGAAGGCGAAUCCGGCGCGGACACCUGGUGCUCGCCGGUCCAUGCCUGUCAAGUCUGGAUCAGUGGAUGCGGCCGCCCCAAAUGACGCAGUUCCUGCUGCCCAAGAGCCGCAUGAAAACACCGACAAACCACUGAAACAAACGCAGCCAGGGAAGGCGGAGGAUGACGUGCGCUCCACCACAUCAAGUACCAAUACUCCCCGUGCAGCAGCUCGUAAGAGUGCUGCUGCUAUUGCUGCUGGUUUUAGUUUCAGAUUGGAGGAGCGUGCUGAGAAGAGAAAGGAGUUCUUCCAAAAGCUUGAAGAGAAAAUCCACGCAAAGGAGCUGGAAAAAACAAAUUUGCAGGAGAAAUCUAAGGAGAGCCAAGAGGCUGAGAUCAAAUUGCUGAGGAAGAGCCUGACAUUUAAAGCCACACCUAUGCCAAGCUUUUACAAGGAGCAGCCACCCAAAGUUGAGUUGAAAAAGAUUCCCCCAACACGUGCUAGGUCACCAAAGCUCGGCCGGCACAAGCCAGCCAGUUCUGCUACUGCUGCUUCUGCAGAUGGUUCAUGUGAGAGCCCACGGAGCACUGCAAAUUCGGGCAAGGUAAAUGAAGUUAUGGAGAACAAUAAACCUCGUGUCCCUGCUAGAAAACCUGUUCAGAGGCCAGUCACAAAAGCUCCAUCACAAGUGUCUGCCACCACAAAGGCUGAAGCAAGACCUGCAGUUACAAAGGCGAAAAUCUCGAACUCGAAACCUAAGGUUUCAAGGGCAAAGGUUGCGCAAGCGCAAGAUACCCCAGUCGAAGUCCCGCCUUCAGUACCUUCUGCCCCAGAAGAGCUCGUAGUUGAACAUGGCGUUGGAGAAGCUACAGGUCUUGAUCUGGCUCCACAAUUGGUUGCUUCGAAUGAAGUCCCAGUCCAUGGUUGAUAAAUUGCGCAUUUUGCCUAUUUUAUUUCCUUUUUGCAGUCCUGUGAAUAGUGAGGGUGUGUGCUUCAUUGAAAGUUGAAUCGUUCAAAGUGUCAUGGUUUAUCGUUUCCGGAGUAGACAUCCAUUUUUUCAGCUUGUCAUUGAGCAUGCCAUGUAUAUUGCUUCAUAUUGUCUUCAUGUUUAAAAUUCCCAGACUUUGUGUAUAUUGGAUUUGUAUGUCGCUGGACAUCCUAGGAUUGUUGCAAUACAUUAAGGCAACUUGUGGAUUAUUUUGUGGUCGUGUUA